AUUUUCUUAAGAGACGGGAUCGAGUCGAUCAGGCGGAUUAAUGAAGUUCUGGGCCGGGCCGGGCAAAAAUCCGCCCCUCCCCGCUGGUUGCCAUAGCUACGCGCGGACCAUCGGAAAUGUUAGACCGGGGUUACAUCUCAGACAUGCUAAACAAAAUGGGGGUCCUCAAUGCUCACUCCUCACUCCUUGGUCAAAAAAGAAACAAAGAAAAGAAAAGCCAUCUUCAACCAUGGAGACUGACUGAUAGGGGAAAACUACGACACCGCCAUGUCUUUCUCUCCCAAAUAUUAAUCCCAUAUGCUCUUUUUCUCUUUUUCUUUUUUGUGCUUUUUUUUUUUGUUGGCUUAUGGAAAUGAAGGAUUACAACAUUAACUGCUUAUUUUGAUCUACUUCCUAUCAUUUGUUCGAGAAAAAAAAAACUAUGGCAAGCUGUGCCGUACGUGGUGGCUGCCCCUCCGACUACGUAGCUGUUUCCAUAGCCAUCUUCUCCAUGAUUUUACUUAUUGGGAGAUCAACUUUUCCGUUUUUUAUACACAAGGUUCCAAUUGCAAAAGGAAGUGCCUUUUGGAUUCCAGUAAUUCAAGUUAUCGCCAGCUUCAACUUUCUGUUAGCAAUAGUGAUGGCAGUUAAUUUUCUUAAAUACAAAAAGAGCCAUUGGUGGUUGUCAUGCUAUGUUUGGGCAGUAUGGCUUGAAGGUCCACUUGGAUUUGGUUUGUUGAUGAGCUGCCGCAUCGCACAGGCCUUUCAACUAUACUAUGUAUUUGUCAAGAGGCGUUUACCACCAAUUAGAUCUCAUAUGUUUCUUCCAUUGAUUCUUUUGCCAUGGGUUGCUGGCGCUGCAGUUAUUCAUGAGAAGAAGCCUCUCAAUUACAGAUGUCACUUUGGAACUUACUGGACAAUACCCGUUGUAUGUCUUCACUCAUUAUAUGUUGCUGUUCUGAUGGGGUUCACAAGGGCAAUUCGGCAUAUAGAGUUUAGGUUUCAUGAACUCAGAGACCUUUGGCAAGGAAUACUUGGCUCAGCAUCAGUAAUUGGAGUUUGGGUUUUUGCUUACAUCUUGAAUGAAAUUCAUGAUGAUAUCUCAUGGCUUCAAGUGGCCUCCAGAUUUAUGCUUUUACUUACGGCAAGCAUUCUUGUACUGGUUUUCUUCUCCAUAUCAAUUGCGCAGCCUCUGCUCUCACAAAUCAGCUUGAGAAAAAGGGAACCUCUAGAACUCAAAACAAUGGGUCAAGUUCUGGGCAUACCGGAAAGUGGACUGCUAUUACAAAGAGAACAAGCUGUUGACAUUGAUCCUAAUGAACCAUUGGAUAAGCUUCUUCUGAACAAACGGUUCCGUCAGUCUUUCAUGGCAUUUGCAGACAGUUGUUUGGCUGGGGAAAGUGUACAUUUCUUUGAUGAGGUGCAUGAGCUUGGCAAAAUUCCAAUAGAUGACCCUGUAAGAAGGAUCUACAUGGCACGACAUAUCAUUAAUAAAUACAUAAUUGCAGGUGCAGCAAUGGAAGUUAACAUAUCUCAUCGAAUCCGGCAAGAAAUUUUGGCCACCACCGAUCUAACACACCCUGAUCUCUUCACCAAUGCACUACAUGAACUGACUCAGUUAAUGAAAAUGAACCUGGCAAAAGAUUAUUGGUCAUCCAUGUACUUUAUCAAAUUCAAAGAAGAAGCCAGAAUGAGAAGUUGUGAGCAUGAAAUGGAAGAGAUGAGAGGGUAUGAUUUCUCUCCCAGGUUGAGUUCAGUUAAUGCUACAGAUGAUCCCUUUCACCAGGACCAUUUUUCAAGGGGAUUUACCCAACAUAGUCAUGCUUCAUACCUACGCUGAGCUAAGGUUUGGGAAUUGCCUGCCAGUUUACUGCAAUGUCAUUGUCAUGUCAUAUAACAGAUGGCUAUGAAUGUAUGAUUUUUUUGUUCAGGGUUCUGGCUCAAGGAAUCGCAAUUCCAAUCUGUUCUUGAAUUAAGUGUAUUUGUUUUAUAUAUAUUAUAGGGGUUUUCAAUUUUUUAAUAA